UGCUGAACAGGGCCAUGUGGAGAAGGCUGGGUAUCAGGAAUCACGAGGCUGAGACCCUGCAGUUUCUUACCUGUGGUUAUGAAGGAACUCAAGACAUGCUCCUGCGGAGUCUCCUGAAGGACCUGCAGCAGCAAUCUGAGGUGCCAUGCCUGGGCCCCCUGGAGCUGGAGGAGAUGGCAGAUGCAAUUGCUGGAGCCAUGCAAGGCGACCAUGCAGGGAGGCCAGGAUGGCCACGGGAGAGGGGCCGAGGGACAACUACAAGAACAGGAGAAUGGCCCGGAAGCAGUGCUCCAAGAUCACAGACUCUCAGAGGAGGAUGACCCAGUAUAUGAGGA